CAGACAAAAUUUAGAGAAAGUCCCUCAUGUGUACCCGUCUGCUUCUUCACUUUCCUUUCCGGUACCUUAAUUUUUCUUGAUGUGUUGCCUUGGGGGCCGAAGAGGCGACUGCACAGAGAAGACGUGUGUGUGUGUGUGCGCUCGAGGGGAGGCGCAAACAGCCGGCGUGGAGUUGGAAAGUCUGGGGCUUUUAAACAAGACGUGCGACUGCGUAGCACAAGUCUUUAUUUUUUUGUCCCCCAUGUAUUAUUUUGAUACUUUGUACCACACAAAAUGAAGAUAACUAGACAGAAACACGCCAAGAGGAAUAUCAGCUUCUAUAAGUAUAACUUUAAUUUCCGGGAACCAUAUCAAAUUUUGGUCGAUGGCACGUUCUGUCAAGCAGCGCUCAAGAAUAAAAUCCAAAUCAAGGAACAAAUGCCGAAAUAUUUCAUGGGGGAAGUACAGCUGUGUACGACAAAUUGUGUAUUGAAAGAGCUGGAAGCACUAGGAAAGGAGCUGUACGGUGCAAAAAUCAUUUUGCAGAGGUUCAAGGUUCGGAACUGUCCUCAUUACAAAAGCCCAGUCAGCGCUUCCCAGUGUCUCCAGUCCAUGAUUGAUGGUCAUAACCCUCACCAUUACUUUGUGGCUACACAAGACCAAGAGCUUACUGCUUUCAUAAAGAGGACACCUGGAGUUCCCCUGAUUUUCAUCAUUCAAAAUACAAUCGUAUUGGAUAAACCCUCUUCAGCUUCAGUUGCUCACAUCCAGGCCCUGCAGGCUGGUCAACUGGUAACCACUCAGCAACAGCAAAGUAUUGACACCCUGAAACAAGAGCAGGGACUGGUAAAACCAGUCUCCAGAGGUAAGAAACGCAAGAGGAAAGGUGGCCCUAACCCACUGAGCUGUCUGAAAAAGAAAAAAAAGGCAACACCAGCAUUGCAACCAAAACCAGGCGAGAAGAAGAAGAGGAGCCGGCACAGAAGACACAAAUCCGGGGCACCAACGCUGCAGCAUAGUGACAAGCAAAAUGUCGAGGUUUAAUAGUACACAGAUAGUCCUCAAUUCUUUUCAACAAUGGACAAUCAGUUUCAUGACAGCAUAUCUAAAGGUCAACUGGUUGUGUAGAAACACCACACUGUUUACACAUGGUUGAAAUGAGGCAGCCAUUAUGGUGAGAAC